AUGGCACCCAUACGUCGCGUUGCCACCAUUCAGUGGCAUAUCAAGGAAUUGGCCAUCGAGGAGAACCAUUCGACAGCAUGCAAUUAUAUCCGCCAGGCUGCUGCUGAUGGUGCAGAACUUGCCGUUCUCCCAGAAUACCACUUAAGCGGCUGGGUCCCCAAUGACCCCCUCUGGGGCGAGCAAGCCGGCGAGGCGGCCAAAUACCUCGCAAACUACCAAGCCCUAGCUAAAGAGCUGAAGAUAUGCAUUGUCCCGGGGACAAUCAUUGAGAAACAGGCUGGUCCCAACGAGGCCAGUCUGUUCUACAACACGGCAUACUUCAUCUCCAAUGAUGGGAGCAUCCUGGGCUCCUAUCGCAAGAAGAAUAUCUGGCAUCCCGAGAGACCGCAUUUGACUUCUUCUGCUGGAGAGCGCCACGAGGCGGUUGAUACGCCGAUUGGUCGAGUUGGCAUGUUGAUCUGCUGGGAUCUAGCAUUCCCAGAGGCGUUCCGCGAGUUAAUCGCUGAUGGAGCGGAUAUCGUGAUUAUUCCUACCUUCUGGACACCAACCGAUGCCUCCCCGGAAUCCCUCCAGCACAACCCGAACUCAGAAGCCCUCUUCCUCUCCUCCACAAUUACAUCUCGCUGUUACGAAAACACCUGUGGCAUUAUCUUCGUCAACGCAGCUGGUCCGAAGGAGCAUUUCCUCGGUAUGUCGCAGGUUACCCUUCCCAUUGUGGGGCCGGUAUCGAAGAUGGGAACUGAGGAGGGUGUGUGUGUUGUGGAUAUGGAUCUUGGAUUGCUGGAUAUUGCGGAGAGGAAUUAUAAGGUUAGACAGGAUAUUGGGAAGGAGGAUUGGCAUUAUGUAUACAGGCAUUCGUCACUACGGUGA